AUGGAUGCCUGGGGGACAUUCAUCAUCACCAUCACCACCACCCUAUACCCCAACCGACACCACCUCCGAAACCGCAUCUCGUACACCAUCUCAAUAACCCCCCAAAACCUCGCCCCGGAAACCCUCCUCACUCGCGGGUUACAAAUCCCCUCGAAAUCCGCCUACCCAACUUCCGGCUUCCCUUACCCACCCCUCCUCACCCAAUACAACAUCACCCCCACCGACUGGGAAAACUUCACCUCCGAGGUGAUGACCACGGCCCGAAUGAGCCGCAAACAAUGGACCACAGCCAUUGGAAAGGGUCUCGGGGUGAUGGCUAUCGGGGGGCUCAUGGUCGGGUUUCUAGGCGCUAUACCGGGGUAUUAUGUGGCGAGGCGGACGCAGCGGAAUCGGGAGGAGAGGAAUAUGAUUCUUGGGAGUGGAGAGUUGCGGGCGGUGAUUGAGAAAUGGAAUGGGGGGUUUUUUGAGCCCAGGGGGGUGUUGAUUAGGGUGGAUUUGCCGUUUGAGGAGGUGGAGGAGAUGGAGAUGAUGGAUGUUUUGGAGAAGAGACGGGGGUUUGGGUUGGGAAGGGAAGGGGGUGAGGAGAGGGUGAGGGAGGACGCCGCGAGGAAGGCGAGGAUUGUGAUUAUCCCUUUGCCUGGGAAGAUGGGGUAG